AUGUCUACUUUAUCUGACGUUCACCAGCUACAGACAUCCCUGGAGGCAUCCCUGCAUAAGCGCAUGAGUGAGUUUGAGGCACAGCUGAAGCAAUCAUCAUCAGAGCCGACUUCCCUCGGACGUCUAUAUACAGAGUUCAGUGCGUUCAAGGAGAGUGUUGUCGGAAUCGUUCAACUGCUACGCACACAAAUUGAAGAGCUUUCUCGUGCCACUGAUGCCCUUGAGAUGCGACAUCGCAGGAAGUGCCUCCUUUUUGGUGGCAUCCCCGAGGACUCAAAGGAGGAUGCCUCCGCGGUCAUCUGUGACAUACUAAGAGCCCGCUUCAACAUGCCAGACAUAACCAAAUCUGCACUGAAAGCAUGCCAUCGACUGGGAUCCAGCAGAGACGGCAGGCCACGUCCUAUCCUGGUGCGGUUUGCUGAACAUUCCACAAAAUCCUCGGUAUGGAAAAAGAAGACGGCCUUAAAGGGUACACCCACUGUCAUCUCUGAGUUUCUAACUCGGAGUAUACAAAACAUAUUCAUGGAGACACGCAAGAGGUAUGGAAUUACUAAUGUCUGGUCUUUGGAUGGCAACAUCUACGCAAAGCUGGCUGACGGGAGGCGCCGCGUUAUUACAUCCCUUGGCGAUCUGGACAUAUUGUCAGCCAACUCCAAACAACCUGCCCCAGAGGUGUCUCAGCAAGAAAGUCCUGUUCCUACGCGAGCGGAGAGGUCGAGCAAGCCCCCCGGCAUUUCACUGCGCCCCAAAAAAGUUAAGUCUAAGUAGGUAAUUUGCGGCCGGUGUAUCUACCCCCGCUCUGUAUUAUUGCUCUAAUUUCUGAUAGUCGAGCUUGACCCACUUUUGCUAUAACUAAAUUCGGCUAAAACUAUUGUAU